AGAUAGUAGUGAGCAGUAUAGUACUGUAGGAAUAUUGCUUCUGUUCAUACAUGUAUAUAUAUACCACCCCUUCACUUCUUGUACGUAGCAUUCACUAAGUAUCUCUUAGCUAGAACCUUUUAUUUGCUUAGCUAGGACAUGAACAUGUGGAACAAAUUGUUCGGAACAUCAAGAUCAAACUGCCUCCCACACCAGAAUCAAGUUCUUGUGAGCGACGCAGGGCAGCGUGCGAAUCUGAGCUGCAACGUUUGUCUGGAGGAAAACAAAGUAUGUACGUGUGACCAAGGCUUCGAGAGCGGCAAGAGAGUCACGGGUGUUGUUGAGCACCAUGCAGAGGCCAACAAUUCAGUUACUCAGUCUGUUAUCAACAUGAGUGGGAUGCUCAUAGGUUUGGGACAGUUAUCAACUCCAUAUGCCUUAGAAAAUGGGGGUUGGUCUUCUGCAUUCCUAUUGAUAGGACUUGGGGUAAUAUGUGCAUAUUGUUCUCAUCUCCUUGGAAAAUGUCUGGACAAACAUCCCAAGUCAAGAAGCUACACAGAUAUUGGACACAAUGCAUUUGGAUCCAGAGGAAAAAUUCUAGCAGCAUCCUUCGUUUACAUGGAGAUUUUCAUGGCCCUUGUGUCCUACACCAUCUCUCUGCAUGACAAUCUAGCCAGAGUGUUCUCCGGGAUUCAACUCAAUGUUUCGUGGGCUAAGUUACCGAAAUCUCAGCUCUUAACCUUGAUUGCCGUCUUCGUAGCUCUUCCUAGUCUUUGGUUGAGAGAUCUCUCUUCCAUAUCUUUCCUUUCCUUCGGCGGAGUUAUCAUGUCACUCGUCAUUUUAUCAGUGGCAUGCACCGCCAUUUUUGGAGGGGUGAAAUUGAACCACACCAUACCUGCCCUCCAGAUUCAUAACAUUCCUGCAAUAUCUGGCCUUUAUAUCUUCAGCUUUGCAGGACAUAUUGUUUUCCCCAAUUUAUACAAGGCCAUGAAAGAUCCAUCCAAGUUCACCAAGGUAUCAAUAAUAAGCUUCACUCUAGUGACAACACUUUACACAUCCCUAGCAUUCAUGGGAGCCAAGUUGUAUGGUCCUCAGGUGAAUCCUCAAAUCACUCUGAGCAUGCCUCCACAUCUUAUAGUGACAAAGAUUGCACUGUGGGCAACUGUGCUGACACCAAUGACCAAAUAUGCUCUUGAAUUUGCACCAAUGGCUAUCCAGCUUGAGCAUAACCUUCCUCCCUCUUUGAGCUCCAGAACAAAGUUUCUAAUCCGGGGCAGUGUCGGUUCAGUCCUACUUCUGGUGAUUCUAGCACUAGCUCUCUCUGUUCCGUAUUUUGGGUAUGUUCUCAGCCUCACUGGAUCACUUGUGAGUAUUGGCAUUUGUAUCAUUUUUCCCUGUGCCUUCUACCUCAAGAUAUGCUGGGGUCAAAUUUCAAGGCCUCUCAUGGUCCUCAACCUCACCCUAAUUGCAUUUGGCACCCUUCUUGGGAUAGCUGGAACCAUUUCCUCAUCGAAGUUGCUCUUAAAAAGCCUCAGCAGAGCUCACUCAGCCUGGAAAAAAUGAGCCAACCAUCUCACUUUUCUAUGCAAAUAAAGUAUUUACAUUUUCAUCGUGGGAUGGGUGCUGUUUCUAUAUUUUAUCCUCUGAAUAUCUUUUUGGUGUUUUUUUUUUUUUUUUUUGUAAUAUUUUUGAGGUUUAAAGCUCUAUGGACGUGUUACGUGUAUGUAUCUGCGGUUGUCAUCAUAUGAAUAAAGCUUUUUGAA